CGCUGCCGCUAAGGGAUCACAAAGUGGGACACAAGUUAGAGAGAACUGCGUUUAAAUCUAUCGCAUAUACGAGAAGAUGGAAAACGUUUGCAUUGACAGCUUAAUCCUGAAGCUCCACGAUGUGAACGCGGUGAAGUUUGGAGAAUACAAGCUGAAGAGCGGCAUGCUGACACCCAUUUAUAUCGACCUCAGAGUUCUCGUGUCCUACCCUGCGCUCAUGAACCAGGUGUCAAGUCUCAUCUACCAGCGAGUGCAAGAAGAGGGGCUUCAGUUUGACUCAGUGUGUGGGGUUCCAUACACAGCCCUGCCUUUGGCCACAAUUAUCUGCUCUAGACAUGAACUGCCCAUGCUCAUCAGGCGAAAGGAAGCCAAGGACUAUGGAACCAAGCGUCUGGUGGAGGGGUCGUUUCACGAGGGGGACACAUGUCUGAUCAUUGAGGACACAGUGACCAGUGGCAGCAGUAUCCUGGAGACUGCUGAAGUCCUCUACAAAGAGGGACUGAAGGUGACAGAUGCCAUUGUACUAAUGGACAGAGAGCAAGGCGGCAUGGAGAUGUUGGCUUCUCAGGGAAUCAGGCUUCACCCCAUCAUCUCCAUGUUCAAGCUGCUCAAUGUGUUGCUGGCAGCUGAACGCAUUGACGCCCAAACUGCCCAGAGCGUCCGCAAAUUCAUCCUGGAUAAUAACACUUUCAGCCCCAAAGAGGAGAAUGGCGAUAAAGUUCCUGCCACCAAGAAGCCAUGUCUGGAGCAGAACCUGGAGCUGAGCUAUGCCGACAGAGCCAAACUUCCAAAUGUUCACCCUCUGUCAUCAAAGCUGCUGAACAUCAUGGAGGAGAAGCAGUCUAACCUGUGUGUGUCCGCUGAUGUGACCAGCACCGAGGAGCUCCUCCAGCUGGCGGACUCCCUAGGUCCCAAGAUCUGCAUGCUGAAGACACAUGUAGACAUCCUCAAGGAAUACACAGUGGCCUUCAGCCAGAAACUACAGGCUUUGGCUGAGAAACACAACUUCCUCAUCUUUGAAGAUCGCAAGUUUGCUGACAUUGGGAACACAGUCAAACAUCAGUACGAAGGCGGUUUGUACCAGAUCUCAUCUUGGUCCCACAUAGUGAAUGCUCAUGCUGUGCCGGGGCCCGGGGUGGUCAAGGGUCUGAGCUCUGUAGGAAAACCUCUGGGCCGAGGCUGUUUGCUCAUUGCACAGAUGAGCUCCCAGGGGUCACUGGCCACUGGUGAAUACACAAAGGCUGUGCUGAAGAUGGCAGAGGAGCAGUCAGACUUUGUGAUCGGCUUUAUCUGUGGCUCUAAGAUUAGCAAGAGGCCAGAGUUCAUUCACAUGACUCCUGGGGUGCAAAUGCAGGCUGGAGGUGACAUGUUGGGCCAGCAGUACACCAUGCCGGAGGAAGUUAUCCACAACAAAGGCUCUGAUGUCAUCAUUGUGGGACGGGGUGUUUUGGAGGCCCCUGAUAGGCUGAAAGCUGCUGAGUCAUACAGAAAGUCGGGCUGGGAUGCUUACAAAAAGAGACUGGGCUGCAGUGGCCAAUAAGAGCUCAGCAGCAGCAUCUGCAUUGUAACGUCUAAAUUCAAAUUUCAACCACGACUCAAAUAAUGACCUCUGCAGAUGACCUGGAAGUAUUUUUUUUACAUUGUCCAGGAACAGCAGUGUGCACAUAACUGUAUACAUAGAAACAUAUAUAAAUGUACAUCUGUGUUCCUACACUGCCAUAUUAGGCAGUGUAGGCACACCUGUUCCUACAUAAGCACAAAAUGUAUUAACAUUUGCAAGGCAUACUUGGCAGCUGUGAAUCAGACACUGUAUGUGUUAUUUUGAUUCAGUCCUUUAAAUGCAUUCCUCUGAUUCCCUCCUAUUGCUAAGCUGCACAAAUAGUCCUUACAUAUGAUCUGCUGGGAUACCUCUGACCAGGUUUAAACCAGAUUUGGGAAAAUAUUUCAAUUUGAGGGUAAACUGUGGGUCACCUAGAAUAGGUUUUUUUUUUUUUUUUUUAAAUUAGUUUUUAAUCAUGCAUUUUGCCCAGGUCUGCUAAAGUAUCUAUUAAAACAUCGAUCGAAUACCAAACAAGGUGUCAUUCCCUCAAUAAAGACUUCAAGUCAAGGUGAAGCUUUUCUGUGUCACAAACCCACCAUUCCUGUGUAGGCUUUUCUAUAAUUGCUUAAAUACUUGACCAAGAUUUCUAGAACAUAUAAGAGUGGGUGCAGCUACAAAACUGUGACCUUGACUGUUUUUAUUGAAAAGGGUAACACGUGUUAGGGAUUUAUAGGAUAUAUGAUGGAUUGAUUACAAAACAGCCUCACUGACACGAUUUCAACCUUUUUUGACAACUGUAAUCAUCAGCUGUGUGAUCAUUGUAGCUCUUCUGAUUACUGUGAAUUACAAAAUCAUCCUGUCAUGAUUAAGUCCAGUGCCAUCCUUAUUGCUUAACAAAAAAUGAGUCGAAGGUAAUAAUGCUUGCAAAGAGAUAUAAAUUAACUGAUAUUGUGAUAUUGAUCAGUGAGCUCACAGAACAAGUCUAGAUGUUGUUACCCAUUGCUUAUCUACUCCCUCAAUCCAAAAAGAGAGCUGAUAAACAACUUUUGUUUAACAGGAGAGAACUGCCUUCAGUCUGACACCUGUCAAAAUAGACAGAUGGAAUUUUGUAAACAGCGUCCUGGAGCUGUAACAGUUAUGCAGUUACUACUAAACCCACAUGCAGUGAAAAGGCUUUGUGGUAUCCUCCUCCAUGCUCUCAUGGAUAAAUGUGAAGUUUCUUGGGUUUUUUUGCUUGGGUUUUCCCUGCACUGUAGUUUCCUUUUAUAACGAAAAGAAGAAAUGCAGUGUAUUUUUUGUAAAGUAAUACUUCAAUAAAUCUUAUAUGUU